AAAAAACAUUAUUGAAAAUUGUACAAAAUUUAAAAAUGUCGCUGGCAGACCAAUACUUGAGUUUAUCGGAAGAAGUCAUGGAAUAUCUAUUCGAACAAAAGAUACGCGAACGGGAUCUGAUGGCCCAAAAAGAGGAACUCAAAUUGCGCAUGAAUAAAAUUGAAGAGCAAUUGGCUCUUCUCCAGAAUCGUGAUGAUGAUCAAACCUGCAUGAUUGCCACAGCCAAUCUCUAUCAGCUGAGCACCGUCAAGCAGGUGAAGGCGGCACUCUUGGCCAGUCUAACAGCCAGCAUGCAACCGUAUCUCAAACUGCAUCGCAAACUGUCCCGUUUGCAACGGCACAUCAACGAGGGACACAGUGCGCUGUACUCAUCAGGAGUUCGAGUAACUAACGCAACGCCUUAGAAAAGUCAAAGUUUGGAAUACAAUUUUGAUUCGAAUGAAUGCCGAUAUAAUCAUUUUAAGCAGCCUUGUUAAACAGAAAUCAAUUUGGGCUCCAAUUCUGAUUUGGUAUUCUAAAUUCCAGAUUCCAGAAUCAUUAAUAAAUACAUCAAAUGGUAACAGACUUAAA